CGGGGCCAAGGGGCUCGCGGGCUCUUUUUAACCCCAGGCCGGGGCUGGUCCCUUUCCCGCCUCCGCCUCCUCCUCCUCCGCCUCCUCCUCCUCCUCCUCGCCGGUGUGCCGCGCUGCAGCGCGGGUGGGCGGCGUCGGCGUCCUGAGGAGCUCGCCUUUGAAGAAGAUUCCAGUCUUGUGACCCACAGUACUUGAUCUUCUGAGGAAAGUCCGAUCUACUGUGCCGUCACCAAAGAACAUGGAGAAGUUGAUGUCAGAAAGGCCUGUUUCUGUGUCUAAGGAUGAAAUGCCUAGACGUCCUCCCCACCAGAAGCCAGAUAUGAACUCAUGCCCUCAUGCACCUGGCAAAUAUUUCCUCCCUGGUGGGAUGGACAAUGAGAACUGCAAGUCUAAUGACAAGGAAAGGGAGUGGAUCCGCCCUGAUACACCUAGCAAAUGCACAUGGAAGCUUGGGAAACCCAUCUCUGCCUCCCCCCAUCGUCAUACCACUCUGCCAGAGCCUCUGAAAAUCUUGCCAAGCAUCCUCGAUAAAGUUGGCGAUACACCCUUGGUGCGAAUCAACAAGAUUGGGAAGCAGUAUGGGCUCAAGUGUGAACUCUUGGCAAAAUGCGAGUUCUUCAAUGCUGGAGGCAGUGUGAAGGACCGAAUCAGCCUGAGGAUGGUGGAGGAUGCUGAAAAAGCUGGGAUCUUGAAGCCUGGGGACACUAUCAUAGAGCCAACCUCUGGAAACACAGGAAUUGGGCUGGCCUUGGCUGCAGCAGUUAAGGGCUACCGCUGUAUCAUUGUGAUGCCAGAGAAAAUGAGCAUGGAGAAGGUGGAUGUCCUGAGAGCUCUGGGUGCUGAGAUUGUGAGGACCCCAACUACUGCUAGAUUUGAUUCUCCGGAAUCUCACGUGGGAGUAGCAUGGAGACUGAAAAAUGAAAUCCCCAAUGCACAUAUACUAGACCAGUACCGUAAUGCCAGCAACCCCCUGACGCACUAUGACACCACAGCUGAAGAGAUCCUGCAGCAGUGCGAAGGAAAAAUAGACAUGCUGGUGGCUACGGCUGGCACCGGAGGUACCAUCACCGGCAUCUCCAGAAAGCUAAAGGAAAAGUGUCCAGGUUGCAAAAUUAUAGGUGUUGAUCCUGAAGGCUCCAUCCUUGCUACACCAGAAGAACUGAAUAAGACUGACAAGACAAUGUAUGAAGUGGAAGGAAUUGGAUAUGAUUUUGUCCCCACAGUGUUGGAUAGAUCUACAGUGGACCAGUGGUACAAGAGCAAUGACGAGGAGUCGUUUACUUUUGCGCGCAUGCUGAUCCGAGAGGAAGGACUGCUGUGUGGUGGCAGCUCAGGCAGUGCCAUGUCUGUAGCUGUGAAGGCAGCCAAAGAGCUGAAGGAAGGUCAGCGCUGUGUUGUUAUCCUCCCUGACUCUAUCCGGAACUACAUGUCCAAGUUCUUGAGUGACAAAUGGAUGUUUCAGAAAGGGUUCAUGAAAGAAGACGACCUUGUCAAAAAGCCUUGGUGGUGGAACAUCAGUGUUCAGGAACUCAAACUCUCUGCCCCUCUGACUGUGCUUCCAACUGUUACCUGUGCAAAGACUGUUGAAAUUCUCCGGGAGAAGGGAUUCGACCAGGUACCAGUUGUUGAUGAAUCUGGAGUGAUUUUAGGCAUGGUUACCCUGGGUAACAUGCUUUCUUCACUGCUUGCUGGAAAAGUUCAGCCUUCUGAUGAAGUCAGCAAAGUAAUCUACAAGCAAUUUAAACAGACAGAUAAUCAAGCAUCAGGUGGAAAUGUGAUAAACCUGAAAGACAACCUGGGGAAACUCUCUCAUAUCCUGGAAAUAGACCACUUUGCUCUAGUGGUUCAUGAACAAAUUCAAUAUCACACUGAUGGUUCCUCCAGUAAGCGGCAAAUGGUGUUCGGCAUCGUUACAGCCAUCGACCUGCUUAACUUUGUGACUGCACGAGAACGGGAAAGAAAGUCCAAUUAACGUCAAGUAGCAAUGUGGAGCCUCUUCAACAACAUUUUGCAAUCUCUAACAAAGAAUCAGGUUUAUUUCGUAGGUAUAAUUGUCUGUCCUUAGGGUGUUGUUUUGGUUUUUUUUAAGUUCUGAAAAUAAGCAGUUAUCUAUCCUGGUGUUAGCUAUACAGCCAGUGCAUUUUGCGGUAUUGCACAGGUUCUGAGUACUUGUUUCUUAAUCAGGUUAGACAUAUUUCUUAUCAAGACAAUUUAUUUUUUUACCGAUAUAUAUGUGUAAAAAAUAUUGCCUAAAUUAACUGGUAUAUUCCUUACUUGUUACGUCUGAAGUCUGGCUUUCCAAAACACUGUUUCAGAUUCAUAUAAUGUGUUGAAAUAAAGAGUUACUGAAAAAUGGGCCCAAGAGAGCUCUGGAAAGUUUUGGACUAUUUGUUUGGGUUUUUUUUUUGUGCAAGGGUGUUAAGUUAGACAAUACCUGUGUGGAGACAAAAACAGAUCUGGGGCAUGGAGAGAAAAAAAGGGGAAUUUCCCUUUCGGUGACAUCAGUGUAAAACAGGAGGAAAUCCGGAGGACUAGAUUUGAGGCUUGAUUCAACCAGCCGCUCUGAGGAAAAACUGACUUGAGUGGAAGCCUGACAAUGAAGUGAUAAACAUAAACUAAUGCCUUUGUUUUGCACAGUGUACCAGCUUUCACUGCAAAGGCAGACUUUUCUUUUUUCUCCCCAAUUGUAAGCACAAUUGAAAAGAUAAAAACGUAAGAUCAAGCUUCUUGCCUAAAGGUUUUGAAAAUCACACUGUUUUAUCUAGUACCUUUUGCUUCAGCUUCACACCCUCUUAUUCAUCUUAAAGUGCUGCUUUUUAUACCUGUUUUAGAAGAGCCAAAGGUAAUCUGUCGAGAGCUGUAAACUCUUUCAAGUCCUGUUCAAGUGCUCCUACACUGUAGUGCCUUAUUCCAGGAGAAAAACCCUACUAUUAAUCGAAUUCACUGUAGCCAAGCUUGGAAGUAAGUGGCAAACAUGGUCUGGGCUGGUACUGUCAAGAGUACAUGAAUAACGUGAAGUAGGUGUGUGCAGAUACAGCUAUUCACUGCUGCUGUACCUCUGGAUUCUUCAGUAGUGUUUGACUUGCAUAGCCGUGGCAGAGGUUGGCACUCACAGCCCCAUCCAUACACAGCUGUGCUCAGGCUACCGGCUGCUGUAAGUGGGAACGAUGAGUGGAAUCACCCUGUGGUUACAGGAGAAAAGUAGCUGUUCUUCAUCUUCAUAAAGACCAAUGUAAUCAUCUUCUGACUGGCCUUUUGCCAAGAAUGAAGUUUUCAAUCAGUAAGAGGGACACUUCUCUUAGCUUGUCUCUCUUUCCACUGAAGUAGAAAAAUACUACUUAGGCUGGGGCUAUUGCUGAUAGGAUAGCAAAGUUGUUUGUGGUUUUUUUUUGUUUUUUUUUUUUAAAAAACAAGCUGAAGGGAGUUGCGAGUCAGCUAAGAGAAAAGGGGUUAUUUAAAAAAUCGCAUUUACUACCUCCUGUAUAUGGAUUUCUUUCUACCUUGCUGGCCUUCCUGUGGCAGUGGAAUUUGCUGUACGUUUUGGAAGUGUGUGCUCAGAGGCGUCUGUGUCACUGAUGGUGGCAGGGAGGGGUUGCUUAAGUAUUUGGGAUUUUCUCCUUUUCUUUUUGUGCCUGUAAAAGCUCCAUGUCCCAGCCUAACUGAAUUCAGCAAGAAAUAUGAGGAGGGUAGAAUGAGAUCCCCAAAGUUGCUUUUCAGAACUGCAGUAUAGGAGGGAAGUUACAGUUGGGGCAGCAGAAGAUUAAUGCGUAGCUUUACCUGUGACACAGAACAGUGUAAAGAUUUUAAUUUGCUUUUUUUAGUUUACUGUUCAUAGAUUAAUCUCUGUAGGGUCAUGAAAUCAGGUAGUAUUGCUGACUAAGAAAGAAGGGGUGGUUAGAGCUGGUAGGGAAGAAGGAAUGUGAGUCUAAAGCAAUCAAAGUAAGCCAAAGUAUCAAAGAAAUCCACCUGCGCUGCUCUGCUUGUGCAGUUUGUUAAGAGCAGGAGCCGUCUCCUCUUCUACGCUGGUACAAGGAGAGGAUGGUGGCCACCAGCCACUCUUACAGACAGUAGCAACCCUGUUUGACCAGAGGAAUUGGUGAAAUAGAUGGAGUUGCUAAAUGACUGAAAAACUUUCCAGAGCUCUUCCCUGUAGUAGGGAUGAAGGCAGCAAAGAGAAGGGGACAGAGAAGUUUCUCUGAUGUAAAAGCUUGAGCGUGAUGCUUUUUUGCCUAUGUGAGAAUGUUGUUACUAUCCUGGGCCUGGUUUGUAGCAGUAGGGCUGGAUUAACGCUGGGCUUAUCUCUUUGUUUCAAAUACUCUGAGGGCCAAGGAAGACAUUGCAGUUUGUUCGUUUGGUCUUUACCCUGAAAUUCAAGUCCAGAGCUUGAACAGAACUGUAUUUUUUUUUUUUUUUCCCAAAGUGGGUGCCUUGCAUCUUCUGUUUACCUGUGCUGGUUAUGCAAGUGCUGACUAAGCCUGGAAACUAUUUUGCACAUGGAUAUUUUUAUCAAGAAUUUGUGCUGUAUUUGUUUGUCACUGUAAGAGAAUAUCAGUCCUUUUGGUGUAAUGUUGUCUCUGCAAAAAUCAUAGAGUGGUUUGGGUCACAGGGACCUUAAAGAUCAUCUAGUUCCAGCCCCCCUGCCAUGGGCAUUCCCACUAGACCAGGCUGCUCAAAGCCCCAUCCAGCCUGGCCUUGAACACCUCCAGGCAUGGGGCAUCCACAGCUUCUCUGGGCAACUUUAUUUUCUCACCUGAAGACAAUUAUCCAGUAAAAUCUGUAUAAUAUUUUGCAAGCAAUUAUCAGGUGAUGACUUAAGGAUCACUUUGAAGUCAUUGCAUCCCCUACUACUUCCCGCUUCUUCCAUGAGCUGUGGCUGACUUGAACUCUGUCUAGCUGAGGUUCAUCUAAGCAGCCAGACCAGUCUCAUCUGCCCACCAGGGUAGUCGCUAAAUGGUUUCUGAAAACAUCUGCUUGCUGUUACGAAUUUCACACAACAUGCUCACUGUCAGGAGUCACCUGGCAUUGCCACUGCCAUCCAACACUUUCUUACUGCAUAGCGGCAACAUGCUACUGUGACAAAGGGAAGACUUCUUAUGCUUUAAGAAGCUGGGAAAAAUCAAUACUAUGUAUGUGCUGUGUUUAUUGCACAAAUGUUCACAAAUGUACAAUAUAAAGAGUUCAAUAAAAGCUGUUU